GCUGAUUGCCAAUUGUCAACCACCCAGGUCGAGUAUUGUGCUGCCGGCCAAAAAUUUCUAGUUUCCUUGUUCCAGGCCCCACCAUGCGCUCGACCAUUCCGUAUAUUUCAUCUGGCUUCCUGGAGGUUUCCCUUGUGGAAGAAAUCAAAAUUUGCGGAUCUAUGCAUUUGUUGAUCCAUUUUGGAUUUCCUUUGAGGCCCACAAGCAAGUGUUCUUUUGAGUGAUUGAGCCAAUGGCCUGUUCUUCCUGUACUGAUGGUUCUGACCAAUUGGUUCGUCUUCACCCAUGUGAUCUGAUUCACCACCUGAUACCCCCAUUUUUUCAGAAAGUCGCGACCAGUCUCUAUGGUUCUUCCUGUGACCCAGAGAAGAAAGAGACCCUCUUUCUGCAGCUUGUCCAUCCGAAUUUGAAGCAAAUCAGAGUCUGUCAAGCUGGAGUAAUUAAGGUUCAUAUGGAUGGUCCAGCUUGGAUCUGCAAUGAUAAGAGCAAAAUCAUCCCCCAGAAUGCUGAAGUCAAGUUUCGUGACGUCGCAAUUGAUCCAUUGAGCGGGCAAUUCCGGCCUCGUGGCAGGAGAAAUGGCCUCGCCCCUGGUAAAGUCUGAAAUCUGCAUUGCUUUGUUAAUGUUUUUGUUGUGCUGCGCAGUUUUUUUGGAGGCACUGUCAUCCUGAGGCAUCAACUGUCCGUAAUGAACGUAUCUGCACGACGACAUUUUGUGACAAGUGUCAAGGUACGAGCAGUCUCCUAGUUUGGUGUCGGUCUGCGACUGUAUGAUGGGUAUGAAAUGAAUUUUCUGGUUCACACAUCUUGCAAGUUCGGUGUAGGUGUCGCUGGAUCCAGUUUCAUUCUUCAAUCGAUCAUUCAGCUUUGCCAAAUUUAGCUUGCAAUAGUUGGUUGCUCUGUCAAAGGAUGUUAGUGGGAUCAAGAGCUGUGCGUGUCUGGGAUCGUCGCAGCAGUCGAAAAACGGCUUGAUCGGAGUUCUUAGCUUUGCCCUCUCCUUUGCCAAUAUAUGCGAUCCUGCUGGAGCAGAAAGCAGCAAACUGAGUUGUUCUAGUCUUUUGGAUCUGGACGUCGUUGUAUAAAUGUCUUCGAUGUCGAGGGGACUCAGUCCUGCGUACAGGUCACUAGCGGCUCUUUUUGACUUGACUGGUGGUCGGUCCACGAGUUCCAUCAACAGGUCUAAUCUUUCUUCUUUAUCCCGGGGAACUUCUCUCUGUGCCGCCAAUCUGAGCCUUGACAAGGGUGGGGGAGGUGUCUUUGGUGGCUCAAUAGGCGGGUUUGACGACAGUUUGACCUGUUUAUAUAUCAGAUUCAAGGCCAGUCGAUCAAUGUAGGUGAUCUUACUGAAGCAUUUGAAGGGGUCCUCAUAUGUCAGUGACAGUGCGUUUGCAGGCAUACAGGUGAAGGCGUUGUGAAUACAAAUCUCGUUCAAUUUUUGGAGACAUUUGACGAAUUGCAACCAAGACACUUUAUCCUUGCCUUUCACCUGACAAGACGCAAUGAAGCAGAAGUAUAUUUCGGCAAUGGAUCCUUCAACUGGAGGCUCGAUGAGAAGAUAAUUCCAGUCGAUAAGAAAUUUGAGCACCUCGUUUGUUUUCUUGUCCAUUUCGGCAAUUUUCUUUCGAGGGUCGGCCCUUCUUUAUAAAUUUAGGGAUUGAUUUAUUUUUCAACACGACUGUCAAAAGUGACGGGUAAGAUAUGAAGGACGCCAUAGCCAGGAAUACCAAACGGCCGCAAAACGCAGUAAGUGGACAUUUAUGAAAGAAAUCGGUCGUCCACCUAAUUGGCGUCCGCGUUGCAGACUUUUUCAAUUCAGCAGAACAUGAAAUAUACAACAUAUAUAUCUCAACGGUUCUGUAAUUAGACAACUGAGGUAUGAUAUUCCCGAUUGUUGCAGUUCUAGUUUAUUUCAUAAGCUAUACGCGUGCUGCUACAGAGUCCGAAUCUCUGGCAAAUACUAGACGCUCGCUGUACAGGGAGUACAAGAGUCAGCUGGAUGCUUCAUUGGAGAAGCUGCCUUCAGGAAGUACACUGGACGACGAAGAGCUCUACAAUGACUAUAUAAAACAGCUUGCUGGCUAUUGCCAGGUCUCUUACUGUCUGAAUGACGAAGGAGGACUCGCUGAGCUUAAGGACAACGAGUUUGUUUUUCCUGAUGAGCUGGUUCCCUACACACCCAUUAAUUACAAGGAAAAAUAUCUGGAUAGCAAGGGACACACAAAUAUUCGAUACAAUCUUACAAAGCUUUUUGACAACGUGGAGGAACCAGGAAGAAUUAUUACCCAUGGUGGGGGUGAAGGCUACAUGCUUCUUGACCACAAGUUGCGUACGAUUAACAUCGUGUUCAGAGGCACGCGCGAGUUUUCGCAAUGGUACACUAACCUCCAUUUCAAGCCUGGCAGAUACCGACCCGUUAUGAACAGUUCGGAAUAUUGGGACCAAAUCAAUUAUGACCACAAAAAAGUGCUUCAGGAAAAAAUGGCACAGAAUAUGGAACAUCACAACUAUUUUGACUGCUCUCUCUCAUACGCACAUGCAGGAUUCACCUAUGUUGCACGCGGUAUGGCCUUGCAAGUUCAUAAUGAACUUUUCAAAUGGCUGCAAGAGUUUCCAGACUACAAAGUUCUAGUCACGGGACAUUCCAUGGGAGGAGCUCUAGCUCAGCUGACGUCGUUGGAUCUACAUAUUCUUGGAAUAGACAAUCUCAUGGUUAGCUUCAAUGCUCCCUCGGUGUUUUCUCACACAUUGGCAGCGGCAUACAACAGUCUGGUGGACCAGUCUUCCAACUCUGCUGCCCUACGAGUUUACCACUUCUACGACCUUGUUCCGCGCAUUCUCCCGUACUCGCUCUACAGACAUGUCGGUGUUCCAAUUGUUACGUUCAAACGUGAAUUGCCGCACGGUCAUACCGACUUCCGUGUAACUUCCAAUAGCAGACUGCAUGGUAGCAGCCAUGAAUUCGAGCUCGCGGAUGUUGAACAGACUACAACCUUUCUCGCCCAAGGCAUCAAGGACUAUUUGAAGGAGCUUUGGCGUCGCAGACCAGAAAUACUUGACCCCUUUUAUCACCGACACCUGGUGGUGUUUUUCGCGGCCUGUAAUGACUGCUGA